UAAUAUUUCACUUCAGUGUUUUCAGUACCGAAACCGAAUCGUUCUUUGCCAUUUUUCUUACCCUCCUAACUUCAGGCGUAUUGGUGUAUCAGUUUAUCACAGAAGCAUUCAUUGUUGAUCUAGAACAUAUCAUGGAAUGAUUUUUCAUCUUCAGUAUGUCUUCUAUCAAACGUAAGAAGAGAAGGCAAGAUGACUCUAGAGUCUUCGCUGCUCCCUCUGCCCCUGUGCGAAGAAGCCUAAGGUGUGCAACCAAAACUCCUGUUAAAACUAAGACGGAUGAGAAAGGAAGGCGUUCUCUUAUUAAAGCAAAGCCUGAUCAAUUCAAAUCAAUCCGGCCUCUGAAAGCACCUCAAGAACAAGCAGGAGUAACGCUUCGGCAAAGUGUGUACAAUAAAGGUGUUUUGUACUCAGUUGGAGACAUUGUAUCUGUAAGAGACGCAGAAGACGGAUGCCGGUAUUUCGCCCAAAUAAGGGGCCUGGCAGUUGAUCAGUAUUGUGAGAAAAGUGCUGCUCUCAGUUGGCUCAUCCCUACAACAAAUACAGAUUUAGAUUCAACCGUAUUUGAUCCGUCAACUUUCACCCUAGGUCCAGAUGAAGAUUUGCUGAGGAAGUUGGAUUUCAUGACGUUCGUGAUGAACGCUCCGUCUGACUACUUCAAGGACCGCACCAAUCCCUACCCUCCCAUCGAAGUCUCCCCACCGUUUUAUAAUAGUCUAUGGAUACGCAUCAAAAAUCAAGUGCAUAGACCACAUCGGUCUAAAAGAAAGAAAUAAUAAUUUGCUGCACAACCAUUGUACAACGUGUGAAUGUGAAAAUUUCCCUGAGUGGAUUGAAUAUUUUAACUGAGUUUUUUGCGCUAGGGAGAGAAGAUUCUUGUCUCGUUCAAAUGAAUUUGUACUAACCCUUGAAUUGAUUUCGCUCAAUUUUUCUUCAUUGGCAUAACAAAUUUUUGUGGAGAAAAGAGACUAUCAAGAAGAAUACAAGAUUGCAAAGAAGUCACUACUGUAAAAUACCAUUCUAAGAGUUAGACUCUUUUUCAGGGCAAACAUUUCCUCGAGUAAUGGAAUGUUUAGUACUAGAAAAUUUGGUACUUUUUCAUGCUUUAUAAUUUUUAGAUAAGGUUCUGAUGUCGAAAUGUAUGUCACUAUUCCGCCAAGCCCAGCUUUUUGUCGUAGAAUGAAGACAUCUGAAUUAAAAUUCUGGCAUUUGUGUUCGGGAUAAGGAGGAUGCUGCCCUAUUUUUAUCAGUUAAAAGAACUACCCUUAUCUCCAAGAACAUUGUUUUAUAGUCGCAUCAUCGAAAAAUUAAUUUGAGAUUUCCUGUAGUUUUUAUUAAUUUUUAAAAAUUAUGUAUUUUUCAACAUUGAAUUGGCUGAACCAAGUAGGUAGUGUAUAUUUUGUAUGAUGUGCCAUCAUUAAAUUUGGGUAGGUGUGAAUUGUAUUUUAGACCCUUGAGGCAGCCAUUUGGCAGAGUCGCAGCUAGUUUCUAUGUACUAGACCCUAGUUUAAUAAUUACGAGACCCAAUAUUUUUUAUAAAAUUUUUGUCAUUUUGUUUAGCUUAAAAUAGUUUCCUACUGUCAAUAAACUGUUAUCUUUAUUUCA